AUGAAAGCGAAUUUCAAGUUUUCGAACUUAUGCGGUACUGUUUACAGACAGGGCAAUAUCGUAUUCACACCAGAUGGCAAUUCUGUACUCAGUCCUGUCGGAAAUCGUGUCUCAGUCUUUGAUCUCGUGAAUAACAAAUCACACACAUUUUCGUUCGAGAAUCGGAAAAAUAUCGCAGCAAUCGCACUCAGCCCUGAUGCCAAUGUGUUGAUCAGCGUAGACGAAGAUGGUCGCGCAUUGUUGGUGAACUUCCGUCGGGGCAUAGUGCUCCACCACUUCAACUUCCAAAAGCCUGUCAAGGCGAUCAAGUUCUCUCCGGACGGGAAGUACAUUGCUGCCACCCACGAUUCCCAUGUACAAGUUUGGCGUACCCCCAACCAUCUGGUCCGCGAGUUCGCACCAUUCAACCUCCAUCGGACAUACACGGGUCACCAUGGCGAGAUUCUUAGUAUUGAAUGGUCACCCGACUCGAAAUGCUUCAUCACGACAUCGCGGGACAUGACUGCCCGCCUAUUCACUCUUGACCCUGUGGAAGGCUUUCGGCCUAAAACAUUUGCUGGUCACAGGGAUAUUGUCCUUGGUGCAUACUUCUCCACAGACGCGAAGGCGAUAUAUACAGUCAGCAGAGACGGAGCUGUGUUCACCUGGAAGGCGAAGCCAUUACAGGAAAACUUUGACAGUGGUGAAGAAGAGCCAGUGGCUUCGACGUCAAGUGGGUCCUUCAAUGAAAUUGCGAAAACUCGUUGGGGAGUGCAAACUAGGCACUACUUCCGCCUGCCCAACACAAGAGUAGUUUGCAGCACAUUCCAUCGCGGUGCCAACUUGCUGGUGGUCGGGUUCUCCUCGGGCGUCUUUGGCCUAUGGGAGCUUCCGUCAUUCUCCAACCUUCACACACUCAGUAUCUCUCAAGAGAAAAUCUCCGCCGUCGCCGUCAAUCCCUCGGGAGAGUGGCUUGCGUUCGGCGCUCGGGGACUUGGGCAGCUGUUAGUAUGGGAAUGGCAGUCACAAUCAUACGUGCUGAAACAGCAAGGACACUUCUCGACGAUGAACACACUCGCGUAUGCUCCAGACGGGCAGCAUAUUGCGACUGGUGGCGAUGAUGGGAAGGUUAAAGUCUGGAACAGUGCGUCCGGCUUUUGCUUCGUGACGUUCUCGGAGCAUACCGCAGCCGUGAGUGCGGUCGAUUUCGCCAAAGCUGGGCAGGUACUCUUCUCUGCGUCUCUUGAUGGUACCGUGCGUGCUUUCGAUCUUGUCCGGUAUCGAAACUUCCGAACCUUUACCUCACCCGCACCCGCGCAAUUCUCCUGCCUCGCUGUUGACCCUAGCGGUGAAGUUGUUGCCGCUGGCUCCGCCGACACCUUUGAGGUCUUCCUCUGGUCCGUGCAGACCGGUCGGCUGCUGGACGUCUUGUCUGGGCACACAGCGCCCGUGAGUUCCCUUGCAUUCUCUCCGGCAGGAAACAUUCUGGCGAGCGGGUCGUGGGACCACACCGUCCGGCUGUGGACAGUCUUUGGGCGCUCGCACAAUGUUGAUCCCUUUCAGCUGUCGGCUGAUGUUCUUGCUCUUGCGUUCCGACCAGAUGGGAAGGAGCUAGUCGCGGCGUCACUUGACGGCCAGCUCGUGUUUUUGGAUGUCAAUGAAGGCAGGCAGACUGGCUCCAUUGAUGCCCGGCGCGAUGCCAAGGGUGGCCGACAUGCAGGGGACCUCACCACUGCAGCCAAUGCCAAUGGAGUGCACUCGAGCAUAGUAUACACGGCCGACGGCCGGUGUGUGCUCGCAGGUGGCCGUAGUCCCCACAUCGCGCUCUACGACGUGCGCGAGGGCGUCCUUCUCAAACAGUUCCGGACGUCGGAGAACUUGAGCCUCGACGGGACGCAAGACUUCCUCGACAGCCGGCGCCUGACGGACGCGGGGAACCUUGACUUGAUUGACGCGCGGGGAGAGAACAGCGACCUGGAGGAUCGUAGGGACGACGAGCUGCCGGGCGCGCGGAGGGGCGACAUGGCACGCAGGCGGUACCGCGCGGAGGUGCGCACGACGUGUGUGCGGUUCGCGCCGACGGGGCGCUCAUGGGCGGCCUCUACGACGGAGGGGCUCCUCAUUUACUCGCUUGACGAAGGCGCCGCGUUCGACCCAGUGGACCUCGCGCUUGAGGUCACCCCGCAAGCUGUAAUCAGUGCGCUAGCGGCGCAAACGUUCCUACCGGCGCUGGUCCUCGCUUUCCGGCUCAAUGAGCGCGCGCUCGUCCAGCGGGUGUUUGCAGCUGUCCCAAGGGAUGAUAUCAGGCUUGUUGUGAAGGGCCUGCCGAAGGUGUAUGUGAGCGCACUCUUGCAGUGUGUUGCGGAGAGCCUUGAGCAUGGACCGCAUCUGGAGUUCGGGCUCGUAUGGGUACAGGCAGUAUUGGGAACGCAUGGGCGAUACCUGAAGGAUCGGGCAGGUGAGAAUGCGGGUGUGCUGCGGACGCUGUGGAAAGCGCUAGUAGACUGCGAAGGGCUCAUCUCGAAACUUUGCGGGGAGAACGGCGCCACCCUAGCAUAUCUUGUUGACCAAAUGCAGGUGAAGCAGGCAGCGCAGUUGGAGGAUGCCGAGAUGCAGGAGGGCUGA